GUCCAGUGGCUUGCACGAGAGUCUCGUCCUGACGUCGCCGGCUCGGCGUCGCUGCUGGCCGCGGCACUGCCGCCCCCUACUGUUGCCGACGCGCUGGCCCUUAUAAAGACCUGCAAGUUUUUGAAAGCGUCGCCCGAGCAGCGCCUGGCGAUCUGGUCUCUUGACCCUGCGUCGGUGGUCUUCGCGAUUGCCAGCGACGCUGGCGGGCCCAGCAGUGCGAGUCGCGGUGGGGCCCAAGGGGCCUGGCUUAUCACGGCUGCGGACUCGGCCAUCUGGGAGAACCGGAGAGCGCGAGUCAGCUUGCCGGCGUGGAGAUCGAUGGGAAUCAAGAGAGCCGCGUCCAGCACGGCGGCGGCGGAGACGCCGGCCCCCUCGGGGGCCACGGGCGAAGCCCAGCGGUUGCAAGUCCUCUGGAUGGGCGCGGUUUUCGGGGGCGCCCCACGGCCAGACUGGCUCGAGAAGCAGGGACCUUUCUCGAUCAUGGUGGCCAGAGAGCGCCAGCUGAGCGAGGCGGCCUCAGGGCCGUCAGUGGCGGCCGCAAUUCGGCGGGGCCCCGGGCGGGCCGUAGGAGCGCAGUCGAGUUGGCUGUGA